CCGAUUCUGCUCUUCUUCUUCCCGCUGCAGCCGAACAAAGCCCCCAAGCUGCCGGCGACUUCCUCCCUUGAAAAACCGGUAAAGCUUGAUGAUUUUCCCUUAUUUUCUUGUCCAAGAACCUGAUUUAGAACCCAGAAAUCUUCCCCCCCUGCUGGAAAAGCCGGAUCUGCCCUGCUCUGCUUUGUCCUUCCGCCGGCUGCUCUUGAUUGUGGGUGAUUUCUGGGCAUUUUUUUCGCUUGCCGCCGGCUUCUUCCCCCUGCUAGGUCCGGUUCUUGCUGGAAAAUUCUGGUUCCAGAUCGUUCUGUCAGUUAGUGCGUGAAUUGAGUGCUCGGUUUUAUGCGAGUGAGGUAAGUAAAAUUAUGGUAACGCCCUUCGACUUUUCAAGCAUGUUUUGAUUUUUUUUUGAAGUGGUGGCGGGACUAAACCCGUUUUACACGAGCAUGACUGAUUUGAAGUGAAAUGUUUUAUGCUUUUUAUUAAAUUGAGCAUGCCUACUUGAAAUUUAAGUGACUGUCCUGAUGAUCUGAAAGUGAUUGUGAAUCGUGAUUUUCCUGUUAACUUCUGCCUGUUUUGUCUCCGAUGUGGUCAUGUUAUUCGUGACCCUGCUAGUGGGGGAGGUUACAAACGCUAGCACAUGUCGACAUGUUAGUGAGAGAGCUGGUUCGUUCAACCCAGCUAGUGGGGGUUAUACACCCGCAAAUCGUGGCCCUGCUAGUGGGGAUUAUACAUUGGCCAUGACCUAUAGAGGAGACGUCUAUUUCGUUCCCGCACUGUAUCCGUUUUUCGUGAUUGUACUUGUUGGCAUGCUAUAAGUUUAAUAAGGGCACUCCAUAUUUACUUAUUGAGUUUAUCUCAUAGUUUUUCCUUGUCCACCAUUUCAGGAUGUGAAAUCGAGGACGGGGAAACCACGGGAAGUGACGAGUUAGAAGGCUAGCCAUAUUGUAAUUGGAUAUAGAUUUUCAAAAUAAAUCAUGAUCUUGUAAGCUAGAGUGUAUUUGGAGAUUUAUGAUCGGAGAAAUCUUAUAAUUUGAUCUUCAGAUUUUGAUGGUA